AUGUCUAUCUAUCUAUUCGUCUGUUCAUAUCUUAAUAUCUAUCUAUCUGUUUAUAUCUAUCUAUCUAUCUAUCUAUCUAUCUAUAUAUUUCAUGUCUAUCUAUUCGUCUGUUCAUAUCUAAAUAUCUAUCUAUCUGUUCAUAUCUAUCUAUCUAUCUAUCUAUCUAUCUAUAUAUUUCAUGUCUAUCUAUUCGUCUGUUCAUAUCUAAAUAUCUAUCUAUCUGGACAUCCCGAGAACGACCCCCGGAUACCUUCCGACGAUUUCAAAGAAAAGAACCAAGGAGAAACCAGCCUUGAAAAGGACGCUUCGGCCAGUGGUCCUAGCACGUGGUCUUUAAUAAGAUCGGUGAGACCGCGACGGGGCCGAAAUCAGGAACAGUCGAUUAUCACCCUCAAGAUGAACAAAACAAUUCUAAUGGACGCAUUUGUUAAGAUGAUUAUCUCAGAUGGCCAACAUUUCAAAAUUGUCUCAGAAUCCGGGAUGAAGAUGUUAGUCGGCCCUCUGCUUGAAGCACUCAACUUGUCUCUGGAUGAAGAAAUGCUCAGGCAGGAGGUGAUGGAACGAGCUAGAAAGAUCAGGGAGAGCAUUUCUGGGGACGUGUUUGAGAGGUUGGUUUCAUUGAAAGUGAGUGUCAUUUGCCGAAAAUCCAGGCCUUUUAUUGGAAUCAGUGUCCACUACGUGAAAGGCGGAAGAAAGCAGUUUCGAAUUCUCGGCGUCAAGGAGAUUUCGACCGUUCAUAGCGGACGCGAGCUUAAACAGAUUAUCUGGUGUCUUUUGAGUGACUACGGUAUUGGAAAAGAACAACUGUAUACGAUGACGAUAGACAAUAGUUCUAAUUCGUUAAAAGCUUUCCGGAAGACGAACAGUCGGAAUGAAAACGAAUCGGACACAGAGAACGAAUGUAACGAUGAAGAAAACAAUGGCGACAAAGAGACGGCUAUUACUGUUAGUGUGUCUCUCCGCGACGCGUUUGGAUCUGACAAAGAAAUAGAUAGCGAGAGUUUGUUGAAUGUAAACAUUGAAUGCUUAACAAGUACAAUACAAUCAAUAGCUCAAAGUACUUUCACUAUGCAACCAGACUCGAAGAAACUGGUUGAAAAGGCCAGAUAUAUUUCUAAUAAAUUACGAACGAAAGGCGCCAUGGCUAUUCUUAAAUCAAAAGGCACAAGACUCGCGAUUGUUGAUCGCCGAAGCAGAUGGAAAAGCACGUUUGCAAUGGUGAAGAGACUCUACGAUAACGAACUGCGGCAAGUCAUUAACGAGAUGGGGGCGAUUAGCCCAGAAUUAAAUGUCUCACAAACGGAGUGGGACAAAAUGGAGAAUUUUAUUCAAGCUUUCACGCCACUGAUGGCGUUUUCGGCUCGAACCGACGAUCCACAAUUAACGAUCGGUGAUUUUUAUAAAGAGUGGCUGAAAUGCAAAAUGGAGACAAAAAAACUGAACACCGAAUACGCACGUAACAUCGCCGAACACAUGAAAAAGGCGGAAGAGAAGAUGAAGAAGAACAAAGCAUUUUUGGCUGCCGUCUAUCUGGAUCCGAGAAUCCGGGUUAUCCUCACUGGGGAUCAAACAGAAAUGGCUCGGCAACAUUUAGAACGUGUAUGGAUGGCAAAAUGCCACGUGAGUAGAUUGCAAACGGAAGCCAAGAACCCAAAUGAUGAGGAAACAGAGCUAGGAAUUUCUCUUGAAGACGACUUGGAGAUAUUUCUCAGAUCAAAAGAUCGGAAUAUUGUCGAAACCAUAUCGAGUGUCAGUUUCCUGUCGUCUCAUUUCAAGUCUUACGAAGAGAGACAGAGAGAAAAGUCUUCGGCAAAUGUUAUCCAAUUCUGGGAGACUUUCGGUCAAACUCGUUCAGAAUUACACCAACUCGCCAUGAUAGCCUUAGCCUGUCCUGUUAACGAAGUGGGCGUGGAAAGAAUAUGGUCGGGGGUUCGAUUCAUGUUGAAUCCUUCUUACAUAAGACUGCCUGAAGACAUUAUAGAUGACAUCAUACUUGUAAACACCAACCAGUCAGUCAGUUAG